CGGACAAUGAGUUUAACAUUGAAUGGAAAUAAAUAUCAAUAUUUGAAUGAAUUGUUUGCAAUGUUUUGAACCGUUGUCUCAAUUUGUGGUCACUUUUCAGAUCGGAUUCAAUUGAAUGGAAAGCAUGUCUUCACCGAUGGCUGUGUCGCCGAAGAAGAGGACAUUGAUUCGCGUGAAGAGGAGGGCCGACGAGGAGAAGACACUGUCAGCCAAACGAUGCAAAUUUGUGGUGACUUCGCGUUCGGCCGCCGAUCACGACAUUUACCACCUCUUGAAGACAUCGCAAACGGUUCCGCCGAGUCUGGUGUCCGACACCGACAAAGACAACAACGCCGUCAAGAUAUACGACUUCGAAGACGUGUUCCCACACGACAAACACAAAGACAUCAUCGCAUGUAAUGGUCAGCCGUUGGAACCGCUGGACAACCAAUUGGAGGACGCGUUAGAAUAUUUGUAUGAUAUCUAUGUCUACGAAGAGGACUCUCUCGACGACGAGAAUCCAAACCAUUGGCGCGAAUACGAAGAGUCAGACGAAGACGAAAACGACGAGAAGUACGCCUAUAAUGACUAUCCGGACGACUCGGAAGUGUCGGACGAUGUGAUCGAUUACUACAGCUAUAGAGAUAACCGACGCGACAGUCAGACGGCUCUGAAGCGCGGUUUAGAGCGGAGUUAUAUGUCGUCCGACUAUGACUUAAGCGACGAAGACGUGGAGAGCGAGGCUAUCGAUGGUAUCGACAACUUAUACCUCAAGUCAAUCAAGUCUUGUGAUUAUGAAGACGAAGAGAAUGAAGAGCGCGAGGAGGAGGAGGAAAGAGAGCAGAUCUCUUGAAUAUGUCAUAUGUCUUGAAUUAUUAGCAAUUAUUUUAUUACAUUGGAG